AUGCUUAGCAAAAACCCGUCAUUUUCUAUUUUGGCCGAUGUUAUUGGAAAGGCCGUAAAUACCACGGAACAUCAGUACAAGGCAUACAUGCUGCGAGAAGACCAGGGUCCGUCUGCCGAGGAAAUCGAAGUGCUUUCAAAGCGAAUUAUCCUUACGGACUUGGAGAGGCGCAUUGUUUCUCUUUUAAACGAAUGCAAAGCUGCAUUGGACAAUAAGGUGCUCCAAAUCCCGCCUUCUCCCACCACCUCUUUCGAGCAUCAUCACUUCACGAAAGGCACAACUUUGGACCAUUUGCAGCCAAUUAUAUCGCCUAAUUCGGUGAUCCUAAGAUUUGCAGGCGGCUGGGUGCGUGACAAGCUGCUUGGAAUAACGUCAUCUGACAUUGAUGUUUCCAUCGACUCAAUGACGGGGGAAAAGUUUGCCACCAUUUUUUGCUCGUUCGUCAAACAAAAGGGCCUCCCGAUUACUUCCGUUGCAGUGGUUGCAGCUAGACCGCAUCAAUCAAAACAUCUGGAAACGGCAUGUUUAUCGCUGUUUGGCCAGAAAAUCGACUUUGUCAAUCUUCGGUCUGAAAUGUAUUCCGAAACGUCUAGAAUUCCAACCAGAAUGGUAUUCGGCUCCCCAUCUGACGAUGCCCAUCGACGAGAUAUCACCAUCAACUCUUUGUUUUAUAAUAUCCACACUGAACGAGUGGAAGACUGGACCGGCCGAGGUCUUAGGGACCUCUCCGUCGGGCUCAUUCGCACGCCGUUGCCAUCUUCGGCCAUAUUUAUGGAUGACCCUUUACGUAUAUUAAGAGUGGUUCGAUUUGCCUCCCGAUUUUCUUUUGAAAUUGAUAAGGAAAUUUAUGAUUCCCUGCUCAACACUCCAAAGAUAAGGGAUUUGUUAUACGAAAAGAUCAGCAGAGAAAGAAUUGGAAUUGAGGUCAAAAAAAUGCUUACAGGUCCGCAUCCGUUUCUCUCCUUAUCGAUGCUUUGGAGAUUGAAAAUUUGGCAGUCCGUUUUUUGGCAUCCCAUCAUGAUCUCCAAUUUAGGCCAAUACUCCCAAUUUGAAGGUAGCCUUGAAAAAUAUGAAGCCCAUUCGAUGGCUCAAGGCUGGAUUUUUUCACAAAUUCUCGAUAGGCUUUUGAAAAAUCAAAUCUUUAUCGAGUCUCUUUGUUGUAGACACGAGGACGUCCCAUAUGAUGGCAAGGAAAUUGGGAUGAAAAGGAUUUCGUUUCCGCUGCAGGACCAAAUGCUCUAUCUUCUGCACCUGUGUGCCAUAUUCCUCCCCCACAAGGGGCUUUUAGCUUACAAAUCCAGCACGGAUAAAUUUUCCACCAUCCCAGUCUCCUCAUUCCUUUGUAAAUAUGCCUUGAAAACAACCAACAUCGAGGAGGACCACAUUACGUUGUCCAUUGAGGGUGCGAAUUUUUUUCCCGAACUGCUGGAUUGCGUUGGAUGGCAGGAUGUUAUGUCGAUUGAUUUUGAAAGGCUGUGCUCCUGCUUACGAUUGAUUGGACCGCGUUGGGAAAUGACAUGGGUUAUUUCCCAGGUUCUUUGCAUCGAAAAAAUGCUUUUCUCUCCAAAAACGACACCCAAGCCAUCGGUUGAAGAUCUUUUUCUUGACAAAGAAAACGCCGUUUUGAACAUUCCAAAUUGCGUUGUUGACACGGUCGCUCUGGCAUUCAGUCAGCUGCACCGGCUAAUCCUGAAAUACAAUCUGGAUAAGCUAUGGACGCUCAAGCCGAUUCUCAAUGGCACGCAAAUUAUUAAAAUGUUCCGCUUUCCAAAUGGCAAUGCGCAUGUGCAGCGACUUUUGUGCGAAUUGGUGGUUUGGCAAAUCCAACACAACAUUGUCGAAGGCUGUCCCGCGAACGUUGAAUUGGCCACAUUGCAUCUAAAACAUAUUUAUGAAAACAAUGCAGACGAGCUGUUUACCAGCCACUGUUAUCCAAUAAAAAAAUUUUAA